AUGGAAACCUGCAGCUACGGUCCGGAGUAUGAGAAACAGUUCCAAGGCAUCAUCACGAAUGUCAUACCACAACUUCUUGGUCCACUGCAAGCACACGGUCGCAUCUUGCGACCGACAUUAGUGCAUGGCAACCUCAGUGACGGUAACACAGCCACUGACCUACAAACUGGAAAGACGCUGCUCCUUGGUGCAUCGGCUCUCUAUGCCCACAAUGAGUAUGAGCUCGGAAUGUGGUGCGUGCCAACCGUUCGAUUUGAUUCGUCAUUUUUCAGCCAGUAUUUCAAAGAAUUCCCACCCUGCCAACCAGCCACUCAGUGGCAGGAUCGCCUCGUCCUUUACAGCUUGAAGUUCAAUCUGAUGUACAUGGUAAAAUGUGCUGGCUCAAGUCUCAUCAAGAAACAGUACGCACUAUUCUAUUCCUUCUCCAUUCUUGCAAAUGGGUCGCUUCGUCAAUUAACUCGUCUUUGCUACUAG